UCUUAUUUUUCCAUACUGACUCCGGUUCGCCCUUCACUAAUCCAACCCGUGGAUCUCAUAUAGUGUUUACUUUCAUGCACAAAGGAACUUUAUAGUAUUCUUUUUAAUUAAAACGAGGCCUAAUUCACUGAAGAAUUCUUCAAAAGACCCCCAUGUGGCUACUUUAGCGGCCCAAGCAAUCGGUUUCGAACCGGUCCGGUCCGAGUCAUAAAAGUUUCGGCUCUCCGAAACAUUAAUUGUAGUCUCUCCACCGCUCCCGCUUUCAACGCUUAAACCCAAAGCAAACGCCCCCUUUUGUGUCAUUCCAUUCCAUCCGCAUCCUCUCCUCCUCCUCCACGCCUCUUCAGCCUUCACUCGGGUUCUGUUUUCCUCUUCCGCUUCCCGCUUUCAUCGAGGAUUUCCAUCAUAGUUCCUACGAGAAUCAGUAAAUUGAUGGAUAAUGAGCUUCAAGAUUUACCUUUCUAGGUUAUCUUUGGUUUCGCUGUUCAGUUCUUAGAGGACCAAGGUUUAUACUUUGCUUGAGGCGUCUAAGAUGCCAGCGCAUUUUCCAAGCAAACUUUUUCGAUUCUCCGUUGAGCUUCUGUACAGGCAGAGACACUCGGGCUUGUUUCAAUCACAUUCAUUCUCCAGUCUUGUUGACUGCAUUCGAGCUUUUUCCAGUAAUGAUCGCCCGACAGCAGAGUCUAUUGUUGGAACAUUCUACCGCAUGGUUUCUGUUCCUUCUUUGACUGGUGCGUCUUGGUACUCUUGCAUACAUAACGUCGGUAGGCUGGUUUCCGAGUCCACUCGAAGUUCGUCUUGUGUCCUAUUUGAGAGGAAUAUGGCAUUUUCUUGCAAUUCUUUACCUGGUGGAGCUGAAUGGGUUACACAUCAUCAGAAUUGGAAAAUGCUUGGUUCUUUCUUGAGUUUUGAUGCUUAUUUUUCACAUGGAAACUUUGAUUACUGCAGUAGAUCAUGCAAGACUCUGAGAAUUCAGGAACUUUCAAAUUCUACUGCAGUUUACAGGCAUAUCUGGUCCAGUGCAAUCGGUGAAAGCUUUAAUCUUUUUUCACCAAAUGGCAUUAAGGUGUUAUCUUCAUCAUUCUUCACAUCAUUUUCUACUGGAGCAGCUUCUGACAUGUCUCUUGGUGGGUCUCCACAAGAAGAGCAACUUGAUAAUUCUUCAAGCUCAUCUGAUUCUGACCAGAAAAAGCCGAGUAACAGAGCAUUGAAACUGCUGUCCGGAUCUUGUUAUCUGCCACACCCAGAUAAGGAGGAAACAGGUGGUGAGGAUGCACAUUUUAUAUGGGAUGAGCAAGCUAUUGGUGUAGCAGAUGGUGUCGGUGGCUGGGCUGAUCAUGGUGUUGAUGCAGGACAAUAUUCUAGAGCACUUAUGUCACAUGCAUCAGAUGCAAUUGAAGAAGAGUCUAAAGGGUCCAUUGAUCCGUUAAGGGUGUUGGAGAAAGCUUAUCUAAGAACUAAAGCUCAAGGAUCAUCAACAGCUUGCAUCAUUGCUCUAACUGAUCAGGUCUGA